UCCCCUUCCCGCCUCCUGGGUCUCUGUCUCAAAGGACAUGGGUGGGGGCGUGGCUUCCCAGGACCCCGCCCCCUAUCCGUGCUCUGGUUUUCUUUCCCUCUCCAGCCCCGCCCCCAAGGACGCGGCCCUCCUGGCCUGGAGAGGAUUGAGGCAUGGCCCCAGGGCCCAAGGGCUCCGUGACCUUCCAGGAUGUGGCUGUGACCUUCACCCCAGAGGAGUGGGGGCACCUGGCUGCCCCCCAGAAGGAGCUGUACCGGGAGGUGAUGCUGGAGAACUUCGGGCACCUGGCCUGCCUGGGCCUGGCCCUUUUCAAGCCAGAGGUGAUCUGCCAGCUGGAGAGAGGGGAAGCCCCUUGGAUGGCAGGGGGUGAUGUCCCCCGGAGGCAAGGUGCAGGAACCAUUCCUUAUGACAAAGCAUUCUCGAAAGCGGUAUGGAAUUAAGCCAAGUGACUGAAAUAUCCAUACCUUUGGCAGCAGAGUUGCACAGUGGUUAGAAUGCCAGGCUUCUCCCAUGGUUCAAUGUCAGAAGUGGAUAUGCUUGAUCAGAAGGAAUGAAGUGAAGGAAGAAGCCUCAGUGCCUGCUAAGAAACCCUACGUGUCCUUUCUCCA